UAUAGAACACAGCUCUUAACCCAUUUCCAUCUAAACAGUUGCUCGCUAGCGGAGGAGAGGGAAGCCGAAGAGUAAAAUCGAUCUCUUCGAUUCCUCUUUCCCGCCAUUGAUAUACACUAUAUAUAUCAUCAACAACGCAGCCAUUAACACCAGGCAUGUUCUCUCGCUUCUCCACUUUUUAAGCGGAUUCUGAUGUGAAAAUUGGAGCUGGAGAAGAAAAGUAUACUAUAUGGAGGGCAAAGCAGGAAGAGGGUUGGGUUGCCAGAAGAUUACGGAUGGAAAAGACUCGGAUAAGGCUAUGAUACCUUCUUGUUGCCUAAAGGCUAGGGCUUCAGACCCUGAACUUGAAGCUAAAUGCCAUUCAACAGUUGUCUCUGGAUGGUUCUCAGAACCUCGAUCGUGCUCUGCAGAUAUAGCUGGCAAGGAAGUGUAUUUCAACAACCCAAUGUGGCCAGGAGAAGCACAUUCAUUGAAAGCGGAAAAGAUUUUGUACAAGGAAAAGUCAGAGUACCAAGAGAUCCUGGUUUUUGAGUCUUCAACAUAUGGGAAAGUGCUUGUUCUUGAUGGCAUUGUACAGUUGACAGAGAAAGAUGAAUGUUCUUAUCAAGAGAUGAUAACUCAUCUUCCCCUUUGUUCAAUUCAAUCCCCCAAAAAUGUUCUGGUUGUAGGUGGCGGUGAUGGUGGAGUUCUUAGGGAAAUUUCUCGCCAUUGCUCUGUGGAGCUCAUUGAUAUCUGUGAGAUAGAUAAGAUGGUUAUAGAUGUUAGUAAGAAGUUCUUUCCAGAAUUAGCUGUUGGCUUUGAGGAUCCUCGUGUCAGACUUCAUAUUGGUGAUGCCGCUGAAUUUCUACGGCAUGCACCAGAAGGGAAGUAUGAUGCGUUAAUUGUAGAUUCAUCGGACCCUGUGGGUCCUGCUCAAGAACUUGUGGAAAGGCCCUUUUUUGAGACAAUGGCUAGAGCACUAAGGCCUGGUGGUGUUCUUUGUAACAUGGCAGAAAGUAUGUGGCUUCAUACCCAUCUAAUUCAGGAUUUGAUAUCUAUUUGCCGCAAAACAUUCAAGGGUUCUGUUCAUUAUGCUUGGGCAAGUGUUCCUACAUAUCCGAGCGGGGUGAUUGGAUUUCUGAUAUGUGCAACGGAGGGCCCACCUGUGGAUUUUAAGAAUCCUAUCAAUCCAAUUGAGAAGCUAGAGGGAGCAGUCAAUUAUCGUAGAGAACUUAGGUUUUACAACUCUGAGAUUCAUACAGCUGCUUUUGCGUUGCCAUCAUUUCUGAAGAGGGAAGUGAGUUUUCUUCGUGAUUCUCCAACCCCAGCAUAAGCAAAUUGUAUUUCCAAUUUGACCCACAGAAGCUCCUUUAUUUUUUUGUUUUUCCUUUUUCUUUACCUCACAAAUAUAAGUACACUCACAUCUGGGAUAGACUGGAGGUGACUAUGAAGUAGUUUAUGUACUAAGUAUAGAGGUAGGAAUAGACUGAAGUGUGUUGAGCAUAGAGGUAGUCAUGAGCUUUGUUUUGAGGUAUAGUGAAGAGUUGAACUUCAGAAUUGGUUAUUUGUGCAGUUUGAACAAUUAUAUUGCUGAUGACCUAUCAUUAUUACCUAAUAGUUUUUGAGACGUAAUGUUUCGUCACUGAUCUGGUCCAAAGUAGACAUUUUCUUUUGAUCUAA